GUGGAUUUCAAGGCGAGGCGAGCGAGUGCGUGCGAGUGCGUUUAUAUUCUUUCGUGUCCACCAUUUCACCGCAUCCAGCCAUCCAUCCCCACCCCAUUUAGGUCUUUCUUCCAUCGCUUUCUUGGGUCGAUCUAUUGGCAGGCGGCCGCUCUCACAGCCGCAUCGAUCGACCGGCGCCUGGAAUUUUACUUUUGGGGCUUUCUCUGAGGGAAAUGUGAAGAUGGUCCUCGAGGCAAGGGAGUUGCAAUUCAGGAAAUUGCUAACGGGGGAUGAUGGUUUCAACGAUUCGGCCACUCUCUCGCUUCUUCCGCCCAGCCAAGUGAGUUCUUCUCAGCUGGAAGUUCCUCCGGAGAGACCUUUGACUCAUGCUGCUCCACUUGUAAAUGGCGCAAGGCCGAAGCACCAGCUUACGAUCUUCUACGCGGGUUGUGUCAACGUUUAUGACGAUAUCCCUGAAGAUAAGGCUCAUGCGAUCAUGCUCCUGGCUGGGAAUUCAGCCACUGGAAACGCGAGUCAGAUUCUGGGAUCCUUGGCAUCCUUGCAAGCCCCGGCUGCAAACCAUGCCGGCUUUCCCGAGCCGGCUCACAAAGUUCGUAAGUUACAGCAGGGAUUGGCAGCUCCAUCGCAGGCCGGCUUGCUUCUAAGCCUCAACUUUGGCGGCCGCGCAAGUGGAGGAAACUUUAACCCCGGCAUUCCCAAGAUCUCGUGUCCUCCAGUUCCAGCUCAAGUGCUUCCACAAGCGAGGAAGGCUUCUCUAACUCGGUUCCUCCAGAGGCGCAAAGAGAGAGUUCUCCAGCAGUCUAUGGAGUCCGUCAAGGAUGACAAAACCAGCAGCGAGUUUUCCGUGAAGAAUCAGGACUGCGCGUCCGCUCAGGAAGAAAAUUCCGCCCUCAAGAAAGAAAACUCGGUGGGAUCUAUCGAAGCUUGAGCCUCUAAACUUUAUACUACGUAUAUACUUUUUCUAACUCCCAACUGAAUUUCUGUAAAAAAAAGGCUUAAAGAGAAAAAGUUGAAAAAAAUGAAGAAAAGGUAGGAAAAAAAACUUAAAAAGAAAUAGAUUUAGGUGACUUGUGUAUCGUCAAUUUUUUUGGUUUCCGACUUAGAAAUCAUGGAAACUUCAAAGUUAUUGUUU